AUGACGCCUAUUAGCCAUCUCGAAAUUCCCCGGCCACACAUCUGCAGCGCACUCCCUCGCCUUUCCUUUUUCCUCCUCGGAACAGCUCUCUCCCUACUGACGCAUCAUGUCUGCCUUCUCUCCGCGCAAUCGUCCGCUGCCACAUCGACAACCCCUCAAUACGACAGUAAGCGUUCGAAGCUCAUCCGAGGAGGCUUUUCCCGAAUACCUCUCGUUGAGACGGACAGCCAUAUCCACUCGUCCCGCUUCUAUCCCCGGCUCCUCAAGUCGUCCUCUCGAGACGAGCCCACAUUCUGGCCGGAAGGCAGCGCGUCAGCCACAGACUUCUCCUCCGAAGCUUCCCCCACGCCGUACGUUCUGGACACUCCGGACUUGCUCCCCGAAGCGGACCCGAGUUUCGACUCCGGAAAUCCGUUCUUCACUCCCAAAAAGCCCGUGAUUUUCUCCAUGCCGGACCCCGAUCCCACUGCCUUCGUCACGAAUCCAUCCGCGGUAGUGAGUGCCCCGACUGGGGUGAACGUGGAUAUCACAAGUGGCGCUCCGGGAAAUGGCAACGGGAUUCAACCUGCUUUCCCGCAGCCCGGUGCUGGUAACCAGGUAACCAGUAGCUUUCCCGCUCCGCGUCCCACUGGCACAAUUUACAGCGUGCGGAGUUUUGGAGCCAAGGGAAACGGAGAGUCAGACGAUUCCAAUAGUUUUUUGGCCGCGUUCGCAGCAGCGUGCAACGCGUCUCUUGCUGCAGAUGACGGCACCGCCCCUGCAACGAUGCUCGUUCCAAGUGGAUACACCUUCUACCUCACGCCUAUUCAGCUGAUCGGGCCUUGCGGGCCAGGAGGAGUGAAUGUCCAGAUUGACGGGAACAUAACCGCACCUGAGAAGCUCUCUAGGUAUCCGUCGUCAUCCAGAAAGGGCAUUUUCGCGUUUAUUCAAUUUGGGAUGAUCACGAACCUGACGGUGUUCGGCUCGGGGUUUAUUGACGGGCAAGGGGAGUCGUUCUGGGAGAAAGGAGGCGACCGACCAGUGCUGGUGUAUGUCUACAUGUGCAACGGCACGAGCAUUAGCGGCAUCACCCUUCAAAUUGGAGCACUUGGCAGUGGCAAGAUAUCAACACUCUCCUGCGUUUCAGACGUGACUGUGAAGUCCGUCCGGUUCUUCAACACGAAGAUAGGCCUACGCAUAAAGACUUUCCAAGGUGGAACUGGUGCAGCGACUAACAUUGCGUAUGAGGACAUCACAAUGGAGGGGGUUCGGUACCCACUGGUUCUGGAUCAGGUAAGUGAACUAUCUGAUUAA